UUUAAUAGUACGGUUCCACAGGAGGCGAGCUCAGUCGGUGGUUGUUGAUCGUCCCGAGCGUUACUCGCACCACUCGCUUCCUGGUUACAGCGCACCCCUGAUUAUAGCUUUCAGCUCGUCGCAGUGGCUGUGAAAAUUAAAUCAAUUCGAUUUGUCGUCUAACCCAAUCAACACAAUUAACUAAGUCAUUCUCGGUGCGUGCUCUCCUUCGCAACACAUCUCAUUCAGUGACAAUAAUCAAAUAAUAAAAUAAAAAGAUUCAAAGCUUUAUCAACUAAAUAUUGAAAAAAAAAAUCAAUUAAAACAAAUAAAAAUUUCGAAAAGAAAAGGAAAUCUCGAAAAGAAGUGCCAUAAACGAUUGAAUUGGUAGCUCUCGGUGGAGCUAUGAUGACCACAACAACCACACAGCACCACCAGCAUCAUCCCAUUAUGCCGCCAGCCAUGCGUCCCGCCCCCGUUCAGGAGAGUCCUGUAUCUCGUCCCCGUGCCGUCUAUAGCAUCGAUCAGAUCCUGGGGAAUCAGCACCAGAUCAAACGCAGUGACACGCCCAGCGAAGUGUUGAUUACGCAUCCCCACCACGCCCAUCAGCACCACAUCCAUCACCUCCACAGCAGUCCUGGCAACACCAAUGGCACCACCAACCUCCAAAUGCCGCAGCAACACCCGCAACAGCAACAGCAGUUGCAAGUUCAGGCCAAGCGCGAGGACUCGCCAACAAACACGGACGGAGGACUGGAUGUGGAUAAUGAUGACGAGCUGUCCUCCAGCCUGAACAACGGCCACGAUCUCAGCGACAUGGAGAGGCCGCGUAAAGUUCGGAGAUCUCGCACAACAUUUACAACGUUUCAAUUGCAUCAGUUGGAGCGGGCCUUCGAGAAGACCCAGUACCCCGAUGUGUUCACAAGGGAGGAUCUGGCCAUGCGCUUGGAUUUGAGCGAAGCACGCGUCCAGGUGUGGUUCCAGAACCGGCGGGCCAAAUGGCGCAAACGUGAGAAGUUUAUGAAUCAGGACAAGGCUGGCUAUCUCCUGCCCGACCAAGGUCUGCCGGAGUUUCCGCUGGGCAUUCCCCUGCCGCCCCAUGGCCUGCCCGGACACCCCGGCGCCCUCCCCACGGAGUUCUGGCCCCCGCACUUCGCCCUGCACCAGCACUUCAAUCCCGCGGCAGCCGCUGCCGCCGGCCUCCUGCCCCAGCAACUGAUGGCGCCUCACUACAAGCUGCCCAACUUCCACACCCUGCUCUCCCAGUACAUGGGCCUGAGCAAUCUGAACGGGAUCUUUGGAGCGGGUGCUGCGGCAGCGGCGGCGGCAGCUAGUGGCUCUGCAGCAGCGGCUGCGGCAGCUGCGGCGGCGGCCGGAUAUCCGCAGAAUCUCUCGCUCCACCAGGUGAGCCAGGUGAGCCCGCCCUGUAGCAAUAGCAGUCCGCGCGAGAGCCCCAAACUGGUGGCCCAUCAGCAUCCCCCGCCACAUGCGGUCUCACCCUCCGGGGGCGGUGCCACCACCCUGAUCUCGGGCGGCCUGAUGCUCACCUCUACGGCCGCCCAGUCGCCGAGCAGCGCCACCGGAGCCAGCAGCAACGCUUCCACACCCGUCUCCGUGGUCACCAAGGGCGAGGACUGAAUGCCACCACUACUUCCCCAUGUACAUAUGCUGUAGAUAUAUCCGCCUAGUUCUAUAUUGGAUCUGGAUGCUUUGUCUUUGGCCAAAGUUAACGUAGUUGUAACGCCCAAAUAAUAAUCUAUCUGUAAAAUAUCUUCAAGCGAUUAGAAAUAAACACUUAAUGUUAGAAUAUCCACUAAGGAGAACAUGUCGAUGAAAAAUAAAUGAAAUGAAAGAAAAA